AUUUUGGCGGCGGCGGCGGCGGCGGCGGCGUUGUCUAUGAGUUUGAGUCUUCACUUAGUAUCGGGUUCGGAUUUUACUUGCAGAGAGAAUAGCGGCGGCGGCGGCAACGGCGGCAACGGCCGUCUCUUAGCUCCUCAUGGCGAAACCUGUGCGGGAAAGUGAAAUUUUGGCUUCUUCCCUAGUGAAUAGUGUGAAUCAAGCACUGGGAAAGCUUCUAGAUUUGUGGAAUGCAAUGGGAAUUAGCAAAGAGUUGCAGCUUGAACGCAUGCAGGUUGCAAAGUCCCACAUUGAGAUGCUACUGAACGACAUGAUCGAUGAAGAAAGCAGUUUAAAGGAAAAAAUUGAAAGGGAUAUUGAUAUUCAGAAAAAUCAGCUGAAUAUACUGAGAGAUCAACUUGGUCUAGACCCUUACAAGGCUGAUGAUGGACUAACUAUCCUUCAGUCAGAGAAGGAAUAUCGUCUGGCUUUAGAAAGGGCUCUUAAAGAAAAACAGGAGCGGCUGGAGAAGUUGACACAGCUACAAAGAGAAGAUCAGGCGUUGUGUACAGAGCUUUGUGUAGCCCCUUAUUAUAUCCCUACUGGCAGUAUUCCAAAUACCACAGAGCUGGAAGAACUAAAAGAACAUAUUACAAAUCUUCUGGAAGUAAAGGAACAAAGAUUAGAAGAGUUUCAUAAACUGAGGAGAGAAAUCAGACUAUAUAGUAAAGAAAUUGGGCAUGUACCUGAUGGAACACUGGAAAAUAAUACGUUAUGUGACGACGAAGAAGGGUACAUUUGCCUUACAAAAAAAUACCUUGAAGAUCUCCAACUGCUUAUCCAUCAGUUGCAGAAGAAGAAAGAGUCUCUGACAGCCACCAAGGAGGUCAUAAUGAAAGCGGUUCAACUUCUGUGGGACAGACUUCAGUGGCCACAAGAAAAACAAGAAGAGUUCACAAAAAUGACCAGCCAGUGUUCCAUCUGCGAAGCCACAAAUCUGUGGGAGAAAGAAUUGCAAGCCUUAGAAGAGCUGAAGAAAGAGAAACUUAAAGAAAUUACUUUGAAAGUCAGGCAAGAGCUUGAGAGCUAUUGGCAAAAAUGCUUUUAUACCGAUGAACAAAAAGCCGCAUUUCAGCCCUUUUAUGAUGAAAAUUUCUCAGAAGAAUUGUUGAGCCAUCAUGACGAGGAACUUUUCAAAAUAAAAGUGCUUUAUGAAGAAGCCAAGUGUGUUUAUGAUAGUAUUCAUAAAUGGGAGGCCAUUCUGGAUCGCUUUAUUGAAUUACAGAAAAAAUCAACCGAUCCAAGCAGGCUCCUAAACAGAGGGGGUAACUUGCUAAAAGACGAAAGGGAACGUUCAAAGAUCCAAAAGCAGUUGUUAAAGUUAGGGGAAGAACUGAAGAAAAAUAUUGAGACUUGGGAGAAGGAACAUAAUUCAGAUUUCGUUAUUAGAAGCCAGAGGUUUCUUGUUUCCAUGGCUCAUCAGCUGCAACAAUACAAACUUAAAAAAGAUCAACCCAAAACAUCAGUGAAGUCGCAUGAGUCUGCAACUCCAAAAGGAGCUAUGAAGAGAUCUGCCCAUGUGAAUACUGCAACUCCAAACAAAAAACGCAAAGUGGCCUCAAACUUAACUGUACUGAAAGCAUCCAGUUGUAGUAACAUAGCAACCAGCAGUUCUGCUCCUGAUAAACUGUCACUUCAAACCAAAACUUCUUCCAAAAGCACACCUCUAUAUUCCCUGAACCAAGCAUCCUUAGAAGAGUGCAAGAAAAGCAAAUCUGACAGCCAACCUAGUUAUUCAGAUUUUCUGAAAGAAUUUACAAUCAAAUCAAGCAUCCACAACAAGAUUCUGAAUUCCACACUCAAAGAGAAUUUGGAUGAAUGAGCUGUUCUUGAUUUCUUCUCUUACAAAGCUCAUCAGGUCAAUGGGAAUUGUAAUUAUAUGAUGAAUGAACACUAUAUAAUUAUAUAAUAAGAUACUAAUAGGUCAUCUUUUUGUAAUACUCACUAUUUCUGUUCUGGCUAUAUGUAUAUAAAAUGAUGUCAGAAUAUCAUCACGUAUGUAAUAAACGCUAUCUUUAGGGAGGAACAACUUAAGCAAACAGAAAGCUUAAACAGUUUCCUUUAUCUGUGUUAAAUGCAGAAUGAACUUACAAAAUAAGGGGUGUGUGAUUAAAGGAACAAUUAUGUAUAAACUGAGGGGGUGAUAAAAAGCAGAUGUAUCAGAAAGCCCUUACGUUUUAUUUAAGAGAAUAUAAUAUAUGAAAGUCAGGUUAGCCAUUGAUCCCUUUUUCUGUUUUCAUUAUUGACAUGUUAAGAUUACAAAACAAGUGUUUAUGUAAAUGUUAAAAAAAUAAAAGUUUCAGUUCAUCGA